UGGUGCGUACGCGGCGCAGGUAUCGGAGAACGUAUAAUUAAUAUAAUAGUUUUCUUAAUCUACCUACAUUAAAAAUAUGGAAUCCGAUGUAAUUGAUGAUGAUAAAUCUAUAAAUGGGAAUGAUGAAAACGACUCUGAUAUCAUACGCGAGUGUGAACAGGAGUUAAAUGAAAUCUUAAUGGAAGGAAAAAGUUAUGAUGUUUCGGAAUUAGAAAAUUCCCAUAUGGAUUGUGGCUCAGAAAAAAGAUUGGAGAAGCGAAAGGAACGUGAAGAAGAUGAUGCUUUUAGUGAAGAUGGUUUUGUGACGAUUGUUAGAAGAAAGGCGAAGCGAUAUUUAAGAAGUGAUUCCAUAGAACAAUCGCAGACGACACACGGGACAAUAUCGGAGGAAAUUGGGAAUAUAUAUGAAGUAUGUAUCACAUCUUCGAAAGAAUUGCCUAAACAAAUGGCUAUGGCUAAACUUCUUCGUAAUGAAAACAUAUAUAACAUAACUAGAAUCAAGUACAAAUCGCCCUUUAAAGUCCUGAUACGAUUUGAUAGUGAUAGUGACGCUGACAAACUGAUAAAUUGCCAAAAAUUUCGAGAACUGGAAUACAAAUGUCAAAAAACCUUCGAUUCUUCAAUUUGCUACGGUCUAAUUAGGGGUGUAGAUCUGGAGUUUAGUGAAAAAGAUAUUUUAGAUGUUCUAAAAAGUGAAGUUAACAUUUUGGCAAUAAGAAGACUCAAAAGACUUGAUCUAGAGGGCAAAUGGGUUGAUAGCGAAACUAUGCGAAUAUGUUUUCAAGGUACUGAACUGCCUCAGUAUGCUUACGAAUGUUAUUUUAAUGUAGAUAGGUACGUUUUUCCUGUCACGCAAUGUUCAGGAUGCUGGGAAUUCGGACAUAAUAUAAAAUUCUGCCCGAAAAAGAAAAUGUUAUGUCCAAAAUGUGGGAGUAAAGAUCAUAUUAAUUGCGAGAUAAAAACAUUCAGGUGUCUUAAUUGUAAAGGACUACAUUUCGUUUUGGAUAAAACCUGCCCGAUGUACCGUAAAGAAAAAGAAGUACGUGAAUUAAUGAGCAGGGAGAACAUUCCUUAUAGACAAGCACUUCAGAUGGUGAAUGAUGUAAAAAAGCAAGUAAUUAAGAAAAUAAAUUUGACUGAAAAUAAGAAAAUCUAUAACAGUCAAGAUAUAGAAAGAAGAGAUACCCAAGCAUGUAAUGAUGCUAAAGGACGCUCUUACAGCCAAGUAUUAACAACUAAUCAGACCGGUAGGGAGCUAAGCCCGGAGUUAAAUACGGAAGAAGAAAUUAAAGUUUCGAAAACAAAGAAACAAAGAAACAGAAAAUAUACAAAAGAAAAACAUUAUGAAAAUAAACAAGAUAAUAACAUGGAAUACGAGGAGCUGGAAGUAGAAGAAGAGAAAAAUAUAAUUGAAGAGGGAAACAAACGACAAAGAAGAUUCGAUCUAAAAAAAAUAUUAUUAAAAAUUCAUGCUACGUGGGUGUCAAAAGACACUUUUGAAGAUAAAGUUAGUGGUGUCAUUAUGGUGUUAUUUGAAGAAAUUAAGUGUUGUUUAAUUAACAUACUAUCAGGCCAAAAGUUGUUAGGAACGCUUAUAGACUUUUUACAUGGAAAAGUCCCUUAAACAUACUGUUGUCAAUAUUAUUCAAUGGAAUGCGCAAAGUUUAAAACC